AUGGCCCCAACAAACCUUGCAGGCUCACUGCCUUUUGGGGGGUACAAGGCUGGUAUGACUUACCGUGUCAACGAGGUUGAAAAGCCUGGAUCUAAGCUUCACAAGGAGACAUUGAUUUUUAGGGUUGUUGGAUAUGUGAAGACACCACUUGGCCUCCGCUCCUUGGACACCGUUUGGGCUCAGCAUCUGAGCGAGGAAAUCAAACGUCGGUUCUACAAACACUGGUGCAAGUCCAAGAGGAAGGCUUUCGUCAAGUACUCAAAGCAAUAUGAAAGUGAAGAUGGGAAGAAGAGUAGCCAGGCUCAGUUGGAAAAGGAAUAUCGGAAGAGACAAGGUACUUAA